AUGUUCACCCACCAGCCAACCCCAACAAUCCUUCUCCCGGAACUUCCGUCCAAAACCCUCGUCGGCAUCGACCUCAUUACCUUCACAUCAACCCCCAACUUCCACGGAAUUCGCGACCUUUCCCCGGGAUGGCACUUCCUUUACACCGGUGCAACAGAGACCCUCUCUUUGCGCAGCGGCGCAUGGUUUUACAUCGGUGACAUCACCACCGCGGGGAAAGGGAGCAACGACACCGCGCUCAUUGCACAAGGCCAAAACAGAAACCAAAUCCAAAAUGCACUGGGCCCAGAGAUCUACAUCUGGAAAUGGAGCGCGAAUACCGAGUCCCUAGUAGCUCUGGACCAUGACAACGACUCCGUCCGCCAGGAGAGCUUGCGCUACAAAGCGAAUCUGGGUUCUGUGUGGCAGAGUGGAGGAUUAUUCAAGUAUCGCAGCCGGAUUGCACCAUCACUGCUUGUCAAGCCCGUGGUGGAAUCCGAGCCCGGCGAACAACACGAGAACGACCAAGCCAAACCCCAGAUCGAAGCUCGCAUCCAGACCGAAGACGAUGCGCAAACCGAAGAGAAUGGGCGGAGGGAUUGGUCUGGUCUGACCGACCGCAUCUCACCGAGCCUUUUAUCGCGCGUCGUUGGAGACCCGGAACUUGAUGUGGACGGUCAUCCGCGAUGGGCACUGUCAUCUGCAUCCACGGCCAACCGCGACGCGGAUCGUAUCCCCGGCGUCGACUCGCCAGCCGAGUCCAAAGGAAGUGAGGAAGCGGAACGCGAAUUCGGCUUCAUCCCGGUUGAUUUGAAGCGGACAUGGAGAGAAGGUGCCGUGGGGCGCGAAAGGACUGAAGCUGCGCAGGAUCGGUCUUGGGCUCUGGGAGACUUGAUCGAUCGGUAUGCUGGGGAGGCUUCGGGGGGGAAUCAAUUGCUUGGGGAGCUGCAGUUUACGUUCCUCAUGGUCUUGACUAUGAUGAACUACUCGUGUUUGCAGCAGUGGAAGCGGCUUCUUGACCUGAUUCUUACGUCACGGAGUGCCAUAUUGGAUAGAGAGGGGUUUAUGAGUGAAGUCCUUCGAAUCUUGUCGUUGCAGCUGCAGCGAUGUGACGAUGUUGAUGGGGGACUGUUUGAGAUUGAUGGUGAUGAGGGCGGGGCUUUCUUGCGCAAUCUACUUGUGAAGCUGCGUCAGUCGGUCGAUGACCUCGUUGGUGAGACUGCAUCGGAAGUUAAACUCGAGCUUGAUAAGCUUGAAGAGUGGGUGAAGGCAGAAUAUGACUGGGAGCUGCGUCGUGGGACUGUCGUUCGCCACGGUAUGCUCCAAUUGGAGGACGGUGAGCAGGUCGAAAUGGACUGGGAUGGGAAUGACGAAGACGAUGAGACUGGAGAGUACGCUCCAGUGAUUGUUGAUAUGUGA